UUGGGAAGACACUGGCUGGCCAGGGAAGCAUUUGCUCAGAAGUGAGCCGGACUGUCACUUCUUUAGAUCACCUGAUAGCAAGCUUUGAUGUAUACCAGCUUCAGAGAAAUCAAACCUUUGUGAUAUUUUUUUUUUAAUAGUAAAACUAGUCCUAGCAAGUCAGACUAGGAAUCUACUGCCUGAACUGUUUUUUAGCACGCCUUUUUACUGGCAAAACCAGAUCUGUUUCCUCAACUUUCAAGGAGCCUGUUUAUACUGAUUUUAUUUUCAACACAGCUUUCAAGUGGAAAGAGAGAAAUUACUCUCAACAAUAAGUCAGCAGAUUACAGAUGGAUUCUCCAUUGCAAUUGGGAAAUGAGAACUUGAGUGAAGAAGUAAAAAGACAAGUUCCAAGCCCGCUUACACAGUUCCAGAGAAAUUUCAUCCAGACGGUAACGUUGCUGCGAAAGCUGCCCGCGAGGGUCCUCCACUGCAAAAAACCCCGCGCAGCUGUUACUCUACUCAGGAUUGACCAAGAAGCCGUGAAAUCCCUCACAGAGGAAGACGCAGAAGAUUUCCUGCUAAGCAAAGUGGACUUGAGGCGCCAGCAGAUUUCCCACACUCUGGAUGAAGUACAGGAAGUUAUUCACCAGUUGACCACAGAAGUCAGCCGUCAAGAUUUAAGAUUUCAAGCUGUACCUUAUUCUGACACAUACAACGGGAACAUUAAGGUUUUGGCGCCCAGUCAGUUCCUCAUCACAGUGCCCAUGAGGGGCCUGGCUGGGUACAGAGAAGCCAGGGAGCAGCACUGGCGGUACUACAGCUUGAAGGGCACCCGGCUCUCCUGCCCCUUGCGGGCCCCCGAGGGCCUACAGCAGUGGCUGCAGGUGGAGCAGUUCAUGAAGAGCAUCUGGCAGUGGCACGAGGCCGACGUGAACAUUGAGGGGGACAUUGUGCCCGCCAAGGUCCUCCAAGUGUUCCGGCAGCUGGUGGAAAAAGCGAUUACAACCUGUCACCUCUCAGGUAAAGUGAGCAUGCUGACAAACAGCCCCGCAGUCUGGGUUGCCGUGGAAACAUCUGUCUGUCAGGUGGAAAUCGAGCUGGCCCCCACAGUGGAGAUCCCCACUGCCUGGUCUGAGAAAGCCCAGUGGCCUCGAUGUAGGAAGUGCUGGCCUUCCCCAGAGAAAGUGGAGUGCAUCAAGUCCUUUGGGUUCAACCUGUUGGCCCGUUCUAACUAUCACUGGCAGCUGAGCUUCUCCCAGGCCGAGCAGGUGCUGCUGGAGCAGCUGGAUGAGGAUGGGGGCUGCCGCAGACAGUGCUUUCAGGCCCUGAGGCAGCUGAUGGAGGAUGUCUGGUGUCCCGGGAAGAGGCCUGUUAUCACCUCCCACCAUCUGCAGAUGGUGCUCUUCUGGACUUGUGAGAAGCAUCCCCACCUGAAGGACUGGCAGGAUUUCGAGAACGCCUUCCCGCGCCUGGUGCGGAAACUGCACAAGUGUGUGAGCCAGCACUUCCUCAAGCACUACUUCGUCCCCAGAAGCAAUCUGCUCCAGUCCACCAAUUCCAGUGAACUGGACUCCCUGGCCCAAAAGCUGGCCUUCUUCCUCAAGAACCCCCGCAUCAGCCUGCCCUGAGGCUGGCCCUGCCCAGGUGUCCACGACCAUUUCAUUGUGACUUGACCUUGUUCUUUCGGGAUGGGCCUCUACCAGGUGCUGGCGUCCUACCCAGGAGAGGCACAACACAUGGCAGAGGGGAUCACCCCAACCCAGUGGCACUGCACAGCAGGAAAGCUGCCCACGCAUCGGAGCCAGGCUUCCUGAAAGCCGAGCAAGUGUUCCACCCUCACUACCAACCUUGGCCACAGCACUCAUCAAGCUUGCCGCGCCACUGGUUCCGAACUGACACCACUGUGAUGAGUUUAGUUUCCCCCAUGCAGGCUCAGACAGUCUGUUGAGAAAACCGAGACAGAGACCCCGGAAGGCCAGAAAGUAGUGUGCUUUCCAGGAAUGUUCUUUAACUGACCGAGCAUGGGCUCCUUUUCAUUCCUUUUGUAAAGCAGAGCGUUAAUAUGCAUUCCUCAGAGCAGGGUGGAGCUUCCCACACUGUGCAGGGGCCUUCAUAAGAGGAGGACAUUGGAGCAACAGGAAGCCUAUUAGCUGGCCUACUAGUUGGUGCUUGCAGCUACUGGACCACGACUAUGCGCAGCUGAAAUGGUAGCAGCUGAUGAUCUAGUGUGCUCGUGCCAUCUGUGCUGCACUCCGGCUCUCCCGAGCAGAGGCUCAGUGGUUCAGUGGUCUGCUCCUCCGCUGCUCUCCCAGUAAGGAGGGAGUGAUCUCAAUGGCUGCAUGAGUCCACAGUGAAAAUGCAGCUCUGGCUGCUGCCAGCCACAGCCCUCUCUUUGUUCCCAAGCUGUGGGUCACGGAGGGGACUUCCUUCUAUCUAUGGAAUGAACUUGUAUGGAUUGCCCUUGGUGUCAUUCACCUCUCAGUACAUUUCUGUCGUCAUUCAUUCACUCAUUCAUUGAUAAAUAAAUAUGCUUUAGGCAUUAGGCACUGAGAA